UGUUGCUAGGAUACAGGGCACCACAGUGUAGCCCGAAGGAAUAUUAACGUUGUAUUAUAAAUGGUCGCGUACAGUUCUUCUCGGGGGGAUUGUUUGUGAUGGGUCUCACCGGCAAACGAGAUAGCUGCAUUCGAUGAUGGACAGAGCAAACCUACCAAAUGUUUCCCACCUCGGACAUUAACAAAGGAAAGAAGGUAGUGGUCUUUGGUUUGAGGCCUACAAAUUGAAAGAGGAGCAGCAAUACAAGAAUAUGCAACAAAAAAUAGACGAGGCCGAUAAAUAUUGUGAGAACAAUAAUGGGGCAGAUUCUCCUCGUGGUAACACAUUGGAUAGAAAUUUCCUGCUCAAAUUACAUCGCGUCGAUGAACCGCGUGAGCUCAGCUCUGUUGACGUCAGUGAGCGGAACCUGAAUUCUGUCAAACCAGGAGACCUCAAGGCCUUUGACAAUGUAGCUUACAUAGACGCGUCUGUUAACUCCCUCUCUUUGGGGUCUUUUAGCAGUUUUAAGUCUUUGAGAGAACUCAACCUGUCAUUAAAUGGGCUUCGCAACAUGACGUUCCAUGCCGCUCACUUCCCUAAUCUCCAGGUUUUGGAUUUGUCCUUCAACAAUUUGUCAGCUGACGGUAUUGUUUCCCUCGAUUGUCUUCCACGUCUAAAAGUUCUUCAUCUGACCGGAAAUCGGCUUCAUCAGCUUCCUCCUGAUCUGGGUUCAUUCUCCCAGGACCCAACGGAACGGCCAGAUAGAGAGGACGACACCACGUUUAAAGCUCUUGAAGUCCUGAUGCUUGACGAUAACAAACUGUCCUCCGGAGUCUUCAACAGUCUUGCAAACCUUAAGAGGCUAAAGUAUUUAAACCUAAAGGGGAACCUCAUUUCUGAAAUACCGUAUUUGCAACAGACGGCGUGUUCAAAUAUUUGGCGGAGGUCUGUUGAAGAGCCAUCUGAAGAUGAGGGACUUGCACUCGAUCCAGAGACAAGUCCUCACACCGUCCUCAGGAGGCUCUCGCAGGAAAAAUCCAGUUUCCCGCUACCCGAGCUUCAGUUCCUCAAUUUAGCCGAUAACAAGAUUGCAGAAGAAGAAGCGCUGAUGGCUGUUGCUCUUUUCCCGAUGCUUCGAGAAAUGGACAUUCACUCCAACCCUCUGACCACGCUGAGAAGUGGAGACCCUCCCUUGCUGACAUAUUACCUCUACGAGAGACUGGGGAUCACGAUAAAGCGGAAGGUGGCUCGAGAGGCGUUGAAGCCUCCACUGAAGCUGUGGGACGAUCCCAGCUGGACGGUGGAGGAAAGGAUCCCAGAGUUCUCAAAGAAGCCGUUGUUGAUGGAGGUGCCUGGUUCGGCCCGGAGGGAGAAGAAGAAAGCGUCAGAACCUGAAGGCGGGCAAAGCAGAGACGACACACAGCACUUCUUUGCUACUCAGGCAACAGAUGUUCCUGAAUAUGAGCGUGAUCUCCCAGCUGUCGACAAACAAACCGCAGGGAACGAGGAAAGAUGGAUGGACUCGGAGGAAAAACCAAGUCCUGAUGUGGUGCAGCCCAUCGGAAUUCAAACUGCUGUUCGGAUGCUGCAACACACACUGAAGCGUCUUAACGUUCACAGAGACCCCGAACAAACACGUGAUACUGUCCAGAUUCCAUGCAGAAGGAGAGAGAGAAGGGUUAAGGAACGCCCCGCCGCGAAGCCGACCGAGCCGCCGACCUCAAGGGUUGACCAAAUGCUCGGGGAAAUCAAGGAGAGCACAACCAUCAGAAAAGUCCCCCUGAGCGCCGCCGUGCGGGGGGCCGGUGUCAGCGGGCGGGAGCAGAGGGAAGCUCUGUCGCUGCUGGGGGACAUGAAGAGGAAGCACGAGAUGGUCCACAAGAAAACCAUGGAGCAAGCAGCCCGCGUUCACUCGGACCAGAACUAGAGGCGGGGAAAUUGGUAGCAGCGUGCACAUGUGGAAUGCAGGGUCAGCCCAGCUGGAAGAAAUCAAUAGCUACUCUAAAAAAACGGGAUUCUACAUUUCUACAUUUGUGUGUGUGUGAGUUUUUUUUCUCUGCUUCUGUAUGGGAAAUAAAAUAUUACACAGAGUAAGAG